CUCUCAGCGACAGACUUGAUGCACUCCUCGACAACCCAAAAUCUUCGUCCUCGUCGUCCUCAACAAUGCCCCGACCAAAGUCGAGGCCUGUCCUUCGCUGGCUCACUGGCCCCAUAUCGUCCUCACCUCCAUCCCCCGACCUCCGCUCGCUGUCGGAGGCAAUGACUGAGCCCAUAACACCACCACCUCCAAUAAAGACACCCACACCACCACCUUUAGCUCGUUUGCCGCCUUCAUUUAGACCGUCCAAGAAUCUUACACGUCCACCCCCCUUCUUGGUAGAUGGAUUGACACGAACGACCCUGCCCACCUCUUCUCUUUCACCGCCGUUACCUGUUUCAUCUUCCUCGCAGCCGACCAGUGUCAUCCAAACACCUAAAGACGUCCAGAAACCUCCGCCGAUUGUGCUCAAUCACUCUAGUCUCACAAGAAGUUCUUUGGAUUCGUUACGGAGCGUGCAGACAAGGACGUUCUCGGGCGGGUGUGCGACCUCUCUGCAUUCUGUGCAGUCACUUGAUGUGAGGGAGGAGACUGGUUCAACCGUUCAGCGAAGCAAUACCCGGACAUCAACGGUUGCUAGUUCUUCGAGCAGUACUACUGCUGCAUGGUGGUGGUUCCAGACGGAUACGAAUAAAGACCACCUUCUGUCGGAGGAGGACCAAGCGGAUGGACAGCAGGCGCCUGCGCAGCAGGAAAAGCGUAAAUAUACACCCACUGCGAACCCAGUUGUCUUUUGCCAUGGUCUACUCGGAUUUGAUUCGGUGAAAAUUGGACCUGCAAUUGCCCCUCUCGAGGUCACCCACUGGCGAGGUAUCAAGGAAGUUUUAGAGGCCAACGGGACCGAGGUUUUGAUUACUCGGGUACCAGCAACAAGUAGUCCAGUCGACCGAGCCAAGGUCCUGGAAGAAAGGAUCAAUGCCGUCUACCCAGGUCGGAGUGUUCACUUGAUAGGACACAGCAUGGGAGGAUUGGAUUGUCGAUACCUCACGACGCACCUGACUGAUAGGAAGUUCAAGGUUUUAUCUGUGACGACCAUUGCUACACCACAUCGUGGGUCGUCAUUUGCAGAUCAUUUCCUGUACGCGGUUGGAAAGCAUCGGCUUCCCCAGGUUUUGGCGUUGUUGGACUUGCUGCCGAACGGGGGAGGGGAUGGGAAGGCAUUCGAGUUUUUGACGUUGGAGAGUAUGAAGAAAUUCAACGAGGAUACACCUGAUGUCGAAGGAGUCAAGUAUUUCAGUUGGGGAGCGGUCUAUGAACCGGGGUUGAUUGACACUUGGAAAUACCCACACUCUGUUAUCCUUGAACGUGAAGGUCCAAAUGAUGGACUUGUGUCCAUUGAAUCGGCCAAAUGGGGAACGUAUCUUGGGACUUUGAGUCAAGUAAACCAUCUUGAUCUCGUUGGCUGGAUCAACGAAGCGAGAUACAAAUGGGCAGAGAUCAUGGGCAAGGAGAUCAAGUUCAGGCCCGCAACUUUCUAUCUGGGUAUCGUCGACAUGCUGGCAAAGGAAGUCGAAGGUCACAUUGACGCUUCAAAGGAGCAAACAAAGAGGAUCGAAGAGCAAGCAGAUGGAGUAAAGGCCAAAGAUGGAGAUGCUUCAGGUUCUCGAGGGGCGGGGAAGGGUGAUUUUCCCCCUUCGCCAACAACGGAGCAGCAACAUGAAAGAGAAGUGCAGGGUCAGAUGGUGGAGAGUCUGGAUAUCGCUGGCGGGAAGGUAGAAGGGGCUGAUGCUAAAGGCAAAGGUCGGACACCACGAGACUAAACAUUUAGCCUCAAUCCUCGUUUUAAUAGUAGCUAGUGGUUAUUUUUGAUUAUGAGCACUCUAUAAUACCGACAUCUAAUGGAUAGCUCUGGCACUGUAGAUAAUAAAUAACUUGGGAUC